AUGGAAAUGCAGAUUUUGCUGAUUUUUGUUUUCUUGUUUUUGCUGCUAACCGAUUUUGUUGAUGGAUUCUACUAUCUGAUGCCUGUUUGUGACCGUCUCACGCCCGGGAUGAAGGUUCGAUUUUAUGCGAGAGUGAUUCGGCCCACUUGGAUCAUCCAAUUCCACGCGAACCGAGAGAAACAAUGUUCGAAUGAGUUGAUGAAUUUGGAGACGGAUCGCCCUUUCCACGUGAACCAUUACUUUGUCCAUCCGGUGGACCCGAGUCUGGACCAUGAGUACACGUUUGCGGCGGGAACGUCGGAUGCGUGGGAUUUUUACAUCCAUCGGCCAAUGGGACCGUUGCAACGCGGCCAACUUUUCCAAGCGGAUAUUGUGGUGAUUGAAGGGGGUUAUGAAUAUUGGGUGGAUGGAAGAUACAUUGCAACUGUGAGGUAAGGCUUUAUUUUAAACUGGAGUGCCUUAUCUGAAGGACUUCCCUAGUAAAACGGUGUAUUUUCCGCCCAAAAUUUUGUCUGUUUUCAAUUUUAAAUGUGAUUUCCGCGCUUUUUUCAGGUCUCCCUACUCCUACGAAAAGGUCGAUUGCGUUUUAGCCACGGAUGACGCAAUCGUUUACAAUCAAUGGAUUGAAGGCCAACCCAAUUGCACUUAUCGGUCCAACGACACUGCAAGGAAUCGUACAACUACUUCAGCGCCGACGACAGCGUAUCCCACCACUCAAUGUAACUGCGUUUGCCCCACAACAACGCUAGCUCCGAUUACUCCAACAACAAGUGGUACAACGAUAACUUUAGCCCCCAUAACACCAUCAACUGUGACAACUACUUCGACGACGACUACUACUCCAACUACUACUUCUACUACUACUAGUACUACUCAAAGUUCUACUACUUCUACUACUACUAGUACUACACCUACUACUACUACUACUACACCUACUACUACUACUACUACUGUUGCUCCAAAAUGGCAAUGCCCGUAUCCUCCGUAUGCGCAGAUCUUGGAGGGCCAAGUUUAUGACAAUUGCACGGCUCCUACUGGAGGUACCCCGCCGUUAUCUUGCCCUGGACUUCCGGGAACCAUUGUACAACAGGGUCAAGUGGUGCCACAAGGAUGUCUUGGAUGA